AUGUGCAGAUCGCCCGUCUUGGCGUUAAUUCAUCGCAACGAGCCAGCCCGCGAUAUCAGGACUUGUCUUUUCUGCAUUACUGCAAAUAGCUGCAUGGCUCUUUACAGACGAUCUCGUAAACGGGUCAAGAAUGCGCAAGCUGCUACAUGUUGA